UUUGGGGGAUAUCUUGAAACAAGUGCGGAGUGACAUAGAUAGCGAGAAAGGGUGCUGAGAGACUGGUAUAGGUACGCUGCUUCUCUCUGAAUCACUCGCUGAGCUUCCAGUCAAACCUUCGACUUGAAGAUGGGAUCCAUAGUGAAGAAGGGACUCAACAAUUAUGUCAAACAGCUCCAGCAACACCCUCUCCGAACCAAGGUAAUCACAGCGGGAGUGUUGUCUGGGAUCAGCGACUUGGUGUCUCAGAAGCUGACGGGCAUACAAAAAAUUCAACUUAGACGGCUUCUUCUUAAAGUGAUUUUUGGAGCUGCUUAUCUUGGACCAUUUGGGCAUUACUUUCACAUAGUGCUUGAUAAAAUUUUCAAAGGGAAGAAAGAUUCAAAAACUGUAGCCAAAAAGGUUUUGAUCGAACAGUUGACAGCUUCUCCUUGGAACAAUUUGCUUUUCAUGAUUUAUUAUGGUUAUGUUGUGGACGGACGUCCAUGGGUGCAUGUGAAGGCUAAAGUUAGGAAGGACUAUCCACCGGUGCAGUACACGGCAUGGACGUUCUGGCCUGUUGUGGGGUGGAUAAAUCACCAAUUCAUGCCUCUCCAUUUCCGAGUCAUUUUCCACAGCUUAGUUGCAUUCUGCUGGGGAAUAUUCUUAAACCUUAGAGCACGAUCUCUGGUGCUGACCAAAGCCUGAAGUAAACAAGAAUACAGCGCACAAAUGUUACAUUGUUCAGGCUUUACUGUUUCACUUUAAAAUCAUUGGGGACAUCUUAACUUCCAAUAUGUUGGAAGGACUUUAUUUUUAUUCUUUUUAAUGUAGUCUGGUGUUGGCGUUCUGAUUCGUUCACACCCUGUAGUUUAUCUAUAUGCAUGACAUAAGCUUGGUUUCCUCGGAACAUAAAAGUUUGUGAACUUUAUUUGCGUGGAAUUAUAUAUCUUAAGACGACUCCCGUAAGCUUGGAGAAGUAUUUCAAAAAGACUGAAACAUAUUUGAAUUCUGAAA